AUGUCCUACCCGCAGUUCGGGUACCCCUACUCCUCGGCGCCCCAGUUCCUGAUGGCCACCAACUCCGUGAGCGCGUGCUGCGAGCCGGGCGGGCGCCCGCUGGCCGAGCCGGGGCCCGCCGCGCCGGCCCAGGCCCCCGUCUACUGCCCCGUCUACGAGAGCCGGCUGCUGGCCACGGCGCGCCACGAGCUCAACUCGGCUGCCGCGCUCGGCGUCUACGGCGGCCCCUACGGCGGCGCGCAGGGCUACGGCAACUACGUGACCUACGGCUCCGAGGCGUCCGCCUUCUACUCGCUGAACAGCUUCGAGUCCAAGGACGGAGCCGGGUCCGCGCAUACGGGCCUUGGGCCAGCGGCCGCGGCCUACUAUCCCUACGAGCCUGCUUUGAGCCAGUACCCGUAUGACAGGUAUGGGACCAUGGACAGCGGCACGCGGCGCAAGAACGCCACGCGGGAGACCACGGCCACGCUCAAGGCCUGGCUGCAGGAGCACCGCAAGAACCCCUACCCCACCAAGGGCGAGAAGAUCAUGCUGGCCAUCAUCACCAAGAUGACCCUCACGCAGGUCUCCACCUGGUUCGCCAACGCCCGCCGGCGCCUCAAGAAGGAGAACAAGAUGACGUGGCCGCCGCGGAACAAGUGUGCCGACGAGAAGCGGCCCUACGGGGAGGGCGAGGAGGAGGAGGAGGAGGAGGAGGAGGAGGCCGGCGAGGAGGAGGCUCGAGGGGAGGCCCCGAAGAGCGCCAAGAGCGAAGAACCCGUGGGAAAAGAAGACAAGGAACUAGAGCUCAGUGACCUGGAUGACUUCGACCCCCUGGAGGCAGCCACCCCGGAGUGUGAGCCGAAGGCCGCUUUCCAGCCCCUGGACGGCAGCCUGGACCGCGUCCCUGCCACCCCCGAAGGCCCUGGCCGCCGGGGCAAGGAGACUUCGGGGGCACUCCGCGGGGCCCUGGCCUCCAGCGGCCGGCCGGCCGGGAGCGAGGACGUGGAGAGAGCGCGGAGCUGCCUCCGCGGCGUGGUGGCGGGGCUGGAGCCGCAGCCCGGGGGAGGCCCGCCGGCCCGCGGCGAGGCCCAGCUGGGCUUCGUACCCGCCGGGGCGCCAGCCGGCUUGGAGGCCAAGCCUCGCAUCUGGUCUUUGGCCCAGACGGCCACGGCUCUGAGCCAGACUGAAUUUCCCUCGUGCAUGCUCAAGCGUCGAGGGCCCGCCGCGUCCUCGGCGCCCCCCGCCACGCCCCCCGCGGCCCCGGCCCCGGCGGGGGGGGCCCUGGACAGGCACCAGGACUCCCCAGUAACCAGUCUCAGAAACUGGGUAGACGGGGUGUUCCACGACCCCAUUCUCAGGCACAGCACUUUGAACCAGGCCUGGGCCGCGGCCAAGGGGGCCCUUUUGGAUCCGGGGCCGGCGGGGCGCUCGCUGGGGGCGGGGGCCGGCGUGCUGACCACGCCCCUGGCCAGGGCCUUCCCGCCCGCCACGCCGCACGACACCCCGACUGCCAGCGCAGCCCGGGAGCUGCUGGCGGUGCCCAAAGCCGGGGGCGAGCCCUUCUGCGCCUGA